AUCCACGUCAACUCUGCCUCUGCCUUCUGCUCUUACCUGCCUCCCAACCCAGGAGAGAACAUCUCUGACACAGAAAAUGAUGCAGUCCCAUUUUGCACAAGCACUUCCCUAGCCUCAGGAUCAAAGGUCUUCCCAACCGGAUUCAUCAAAUCUGCUCAUUAUGUGUCGACAGGAACUUAUUCUCAAGUCACUGGCAAGAUCGACCGUACUAAGUACAAGCUGUCUGCUUCUGACGGUGGAGGACAAUACGACAACAAGGAUCUACCAAAGGGAACAUGUAAUGGCUACAAGUACUUUGUUAAUCUUAUUGAGCCUGAUGCCAAUGUCUUCUGUAUUCGAUGCUGCUCUAAGUCAGCUGAUUGCAACCUUGGAGUUUCCACAUAUGGAUGUCAAAGAGUUGUUCCCGGAAACUAU